AUGGAGGGUGAUUUGGGGACCCCCAAUGCCAGCGUGCUGGGGGAGCGCUCGCUGCUGGUGGGGAGCAGCUGGGUGGCCGCUUUCCUUUCCUUCAUCAUCCUCCUGACCACGGCGGGGAAUUUCCUCCUCAUCCUCCUUAUUGUCACCCAACGCUCCCUCCGCAACACCUCCAACUACUUCUUGGUGUCCCUCUUCAUGUCGGACCUGAUGGUGGGGCUGGUGGUCAUGCCCCCCGCCAUGCUCAACCAGCUCUACGGGCGCUGGGUGCUGCGGGGUGACUUCUGCUCCCUCUGGUAUUCCUUUGACGUCAUGUGCUGCAGCGCUUCCAUCCUCAACCUCUGCGUCAUCAGCCUGGACCGCUACCUGCUCAUUAUCUCCCCCCUCAAAUACAAGCUGCGCAUGACCUCCUGCAGAGCCUUCGGCCUCAUCCUGGCCACCUGGACCUUGGCCGCGCUCGCCUCCUUCCUACCCAUCAAAAUGGGUUGGCACGAACUGGAAUUCGAGGUCUGGUCCCCAAAUGUCACCUCCUGGCGGGACGAGGAGCAGUGCCGGCUGGUGGUCAGCUUGCCCUACGCCUUGGUGGCCUCCUGCUUGACGUUCUUCCUCCCGUCCGCCGCCAUCUCCUUCACCUACUGCCGCAUCCUCCUGGCAGCCCGCAAGCAAGCGGUGCAGGUGGCUUCCCUCGCCUCCAACGUGGUCACCGCCACCGCCGACGAGCCCAUGCCGCAGGUCCCCCGCGCCCCAAGCCAGCCCGCGGCCGGCAGCGAGAGCCGGAGGUUCACCAACAAGCACAGCAAGAAGGCGCUGAAGGCCAGCCUGACGCUGGGCAUCCUCCUGGGCAUGUUCUUCGUGGCUUGGCUGCCCUUCUUCGUCACCAACGUGACGCAGGCAGUCUGCGGCUGCGUCCCAGCUGGCUUCUUCGACGUGCUGACCUGGCUGGGCUACUGCAACAGCACCAUGAACCCCAUCAUCUACCCGCUCUUCAUGCGGGACUUCAAGAGAGCCAUGGGCAGGUACCUGCCCUGCUGCCGGCGCGCGGGUGAGCCCCGGCCCAGCGCCAUCUCCCUCUCCAUGAGGAACUCCAACAGCGGCCCCCGCGCCCCCACCUCCCUCAAGAACGUCCUCACCUUGCAGGCAGAGACUGACUCGCUGGAAUCCGGGGCGCUGGGGAACGACCACAGCCUGCUGCCGGCCCCCACUGGCCCCCGCUCCAUCAACCUUUUUGACAUGGAGCCCCUGGACGCGGAGCUGCCGCGGAAGCAGCUCAGCACCCCCGUGGCAUGA